AUGUCUUUUUCGCCACCCUCCGAUGAAUACAUUGGCCAGACCUCGUCUACCGUAUCAACAGAUUUCGAUAUGAAUCGAUGGCCUGCAAUUCCAAUCGCACUGGAUCUACGUGUAAACCGAUGCAAACGUUCUGUUUCACCGAUUCCAGUUUCAUCGGAACCAGUCAUACAUACAGCACAGAUCUCGGAUACGUUUGGCCUACAACGGCCAGAGUUCAAUGUUCAACAACUGCUCAGUGCUACCGUACAGCCCAUCAAACCGGACAGUUUUGGUUGUAUCCCCACAGAACAGCCACCGCUACUCAGUGACUGCAAACUAAUACCAUCACUACCUCCACUGGCGCCACCACCACCAACAUCACUACCUUUUUCAACCCCCACCUCCACAUUGAGUCCUGAUGCAGCACUGAGUCUGUUCCAGGCUAUGAAUGCCCUGUUCCAAUAUUUAAACCAAAAAAGUAAUAAUCCCGCAGAGUUGCUCAAUCACUUCCCAUCCCAAACUGAGCCCGUUUCAUUCCAUCCGAUACAACAGCUAGUCAAAAUCGAAUCGUUACAAUCGCCUCCCAUCCCCACACCACCACAACCCACAUUUCAACGACCCAUGAGAUCGUGGCCUGUGGAUAUCGGGUCACGUGGAUAUCAUCCGUAUAAACAACAAUAUCAUCAACAUCAUCACCAUCCUAUGCGUUCUCAUUCGCACACGCCGAUGGAUCAUUGUGACCGAAUGGUAGUCCGUAAUGCGUCAUCCUGUCAUCCCAUCCCGAAUAUCACACCGAUCACUGGGCGGAUGAAGAUCUUAGGUCAUGAUAAAGGAUUACCCGAGCAUCGACCAGAUAAAUCCAGUGGUCAUCGAUUUGAACCUGAUCGGUCAGUUACGGAUACCACUUCCAGUGAAUCCGGUCGAAGUCGUCUACUGUCCACUGAUUUGUCGGAGGAGGAUGCCCCGGGCAAAGGUCCCAUCAUUUUGUACUAUCCGGAACCGGCUGACAGUAAAAAUCAGAUCCGAGCCAUGCUUGCCCGUAACGAUCCUCGUCUACGCUACGUGAAUGAUGGAGCCGCAAUCCGAAAUCCGUUUGCCGUGGAUCGGAAAAUUCAGUUGACUUAUUUGACAAAUCUACUCUGCAUAAAGACCGACGACGGGGGUUAUCUGUGCAAAGGUUGCAAUCGUACCACAUCGCGUCUGAGACCAAUGCAACAACACCUGCUCUCGCACAGUGCAAGCAAAUUCAAUCUGUGCGUCCGGUGUUUGAAGGGAUUCAAUGACAAGUAUGACAUGAAACGUCACACGCGAAAACACACAUUGGUUCGUCCUUACGUAUGCCCGGAAUGUAGUCGUUCGUUCAGUCAACGUUGCUCGCUCGAGGGUCAUCGACGCAAAAUUCACAAAGUGCACCUGAACUAUUCCCGUAAUCAACGACGUGAAGUGGUCCGUGUGUGUGAGUCGUGCGGUUUUGCCUGUUCCAGUCCGGUCGAAAUGCUUCGACACACGAUCACAUUUCACCCGACCAGUUCAAGUCUGCCCCGACUGCAAAGGCAACUAGCUCGGAUGGAAGAACGUGUUCGACGUUCCGGUCUACACUCGUCGAUCAUGCGUCUGCACGCUCCGGAGAGUUCCGAUCCGGAAGCAGUGCCUCAUCGAUCUAUGGACGAGCGAACUGAAUUUGAAACAAACUGCUCUUCACCGAAUGCAAUCGCAACCACUCACUGGAGCGAUUGUUUUGAAGAGAUCAAAGGAGAACAAGCAAAGUCGGUUGCGGAGAUGUUGGCUCUAUAUCCGGAACCUUUACUUUGUGCCAGAUUACAUUUGUGA